AUGACCGGUCGUGUUACCAAGAAACAGGCCAAGCCUCGCAAGUCCCCUACCUCAAAGAACGGGAUCACUAUGGCCGACGAAAAUCUCCUGUGCGUCUGGCUCUGCAUGAAGCACAAUGGUGGUGGGAGCAUCGACUUCCAAGCAGUUAGCGCCAAAAUGGGAACUUCCGCCGCUGCUGCUAAGUCCCGCUUGGCCCGCGUGAAGGAUCGUGUGGAGUUCUUGAUGAAGUCAAAGGAAGCCACCAAGGACGCAAAGUCUGAGCCUGCAUCUCCUUCCAAGCCAGCUGAGCAGGAUAAGGAGGAGGAGGAGUCUAAGCCAGAGAAGAGCUACAUUGAUGAGCUCGCCGAGGACAUGUGA